AUGGUCCGUCUCGCCCCGCUCUCCUCCCUCACAACGGCCCUCCUCUGCCUCUCCUUCCUCCUAUCGGCAUGGGCACAGACCAGCAGCAUCUCUCUCACCUCGACCGGAACACUCUCCUCGAACACCUCUUCCACUUCUUCCUCAAGCAGAACGACGGAUGCGGCGGUGACGCUGGGUACGCUGCUCACCUUUUCACUGAGCUCGGUUGCGACCUCUUCCACUUCGAGCUCGGGCAACUCGAGCAGUCUUGCGAGUAGCACGUCGAGCAUCUCGAGCACGAGCAUGACGAGUAUGUCGAGUAUUUCAAGCACAACGAGUCUGCCGCCGCCGACGAGCACGACCAGCGCCGCUGUGAAUGCUGCCCUCGCCCCCGGGUUGGCGUGGGAACAGACCCACCUGGUGCUUCCGGCCGCCUCACUGGCCGUCGUGCUCGUUAGCAGUGUCGCCUUCCUUCUCUAG